UCGCUUGCUGCCUUUUCUCUCAGUACUUCUCCAGACGACGCACCAGCAGCCGCAUCUCACCAGCCGUAGCAGCCAUAAUGGUGUGGACGAAGCAGACUUUUAUUGACCCCCCAACGCUGAGAACCCCGUUGGCUCUUGCAAUUUUCAUCGUCAACAUCUUCCUCCCAGGCAAGCGUGGAGUGGGGACGAUCAUCGUCGGAGCUCUGGCGUGCAGCUGCGAGACUCUGAUAGUGGGCUUGCUGCAGCUCUUCACGUCCUGCAUCAUUAUCGGCUGGGUGUGGUCCAUCUGGUGGGGGUGGGAACUCCUUGAGGUGUCGAGACGGACAAAGGGCGUCGAGCUGCCUUCCGAUAGCAAUGUCGGGGGGGAUGGCUUGCUGUGACCUGAUUGGCUGGUUCGUGGCGUUUUCUGGGGAUGAGACGCGCUGUAGCUUUGGAUAACCGCCUUUGCAGGUACUGAACAGCAGGCCGAUGAAGUUUUUGCCGAAGCCGUACGACGUAAAAAAUCGGAAAUAUACGUGUAUCGGUACAAAACCUUGCGGGUUUUCUCAUUUGCGAGUCAAUGGCGAGUGUUCCUCAAGUGUGUGCGGUUGGUCCCCUCUGGACCAUUUCUAUAUUUGCCAUCGUCGUUCAUGUUCACAGGUGCAACACACACCAACGGAAAGGAACACUUCAAGGUUGCCCUCGGAACCGUCUUCUCGAACUAUGUUGCGGUCGGGAGGGAAUAGCCGAAGUUAGUCUCGGGAGUUAAUUGAUAAUUACAUGCUUUGUAGUAGUUAAGUUUGCGGGGUUCCCUCAGCCCUCGAGCUCUUGGGAGGGCUUUUGGUCGUUAGGGGACAAUAAAGCUUGCCAACGUUCGUCAAACUGUGAAUACAUGACAUUUUUUAUUGCUGUACUGUAACGUUGGUUUACCUUUCGUAGUCUUGGCACUUGUUUCUUUUCGUCUUUUUUUGGUGGAAGUGGUGUGCGCAGGAUAACAGAAGGUUGGUUUGCCGAGCGAGCAUGAGCUGCACGUCAACGCCGUGUGCGGCCCUGUUGGAACGAGCCACACGCCAUUUCUGUGGCAAGGAACUACGGCAUGGUAUGCCCACGACCUUAGGUGCAGAACCGUGGACCCAUUGGAUACACCAAGCAGUGUUUAGCGACCGUGAGACAGAUUUCUCUAUGCAUACGAUUCUUUCACGCAGGAUCGCGGUGGAAUUAUAGCCUAAGCGUGUUGCGGUGUUGAACUCUCGAUGACGUUGGCUGUACAUCAUACGUGAACCAAUUUUUUAUGACGGUUUGAUAUCUCAUGGUUGGAGGGGAAAAGGAUUUUUGUGAAGGAUUCCUGUGGAGGAACUGGUUUAUGGAAGGGUCUCAUUUCCCGCCAGGUCAGGGUACAUUUUCGAAAACGGGGUACAGUUUUGAAGAAGAGCAGCCACGGCAGGGCGUACCCUGCGUUUUUUGUGGCGCAGCGGGGUGAAAGUGGGCGCUGACCAAUGAUAUGGGUUCAUUUCACGCUGUUGAACACAAAAUACCUAGCUGAAUCGCUUUCCGACCAGCGUAUACCCUGCUGUGCCGUUUGCCCUUGAUGGAGUGUCCCAAGUUCCAAGUGUGCUGGUUGGCGAGAAAUAUGAAUGUAUUCCCUUUUAACUUUUUUCGGUGUUUGUUUCGCGUAGUGUGUGCGGGUCGAGCGAAGAGUGCCUGAGAACCGGUGACAGUGCUGACCAUCUCUCAGCAGUUGUGAUCAACACACGUAUGCUAUGCUAUGCUAUGCCAUGCUUCGUCCUCGACAGCCCUCAUUGCUUCCUCCGAAAGUUGACACUGGUUCGUUGGACCACCAAUCGAUGACUUGGGUAGUGCGGCUGCUGGCAAGACUCAUCGACGCGCUCGCCGUCGCUUUCUUGGCCGAAGAUGGCGUUCCGUUGUGCUCUUGCACUGGUCGACUUAUCACCGGAUAAAAAUGCUCGAAGAAGCCCUUCUUGAAGCGCUUUUUUUGGCUGCAAAGUUUUGCAAGAAAAAUAAAAAAGUUUUGGAACCUUUCUUGCAUCUCUCUUUAUGUGCGCGAAGUAUCGGCGUAAAAGGUAAAAGUUGCGCAAAAAGGUUAAGAACUUUUUUCUCGGAUGGAAGAAGUUGCAAUCUGGAGGACAUGUUCUGCAGCUUUUUUGGCGACGAAGGUGUCGAAGAGAAGUUGCCCAGCGCAAUCUCCGCCAUUCCACGUCAAGCUGCUACCACACACGUAGACCCUUGCAGCUUCGAUUGUGGGA